AUGUUCGCCGCCGAAUUCAUUGCCCAUCUCGAAGCUCGUCUGCGUCAGGAGCUAGCAGCCAAGAAGGCUGCGCCUCAACAAAAGAGUGUCGCGACGCCGUUCUUUGUCGAGGCGGCCUGCAGUGUGAUCAAUUCCCAGGGCGGUCUGGAUGUCAGUGUCUUCGUCGGCGUGCAUCCCAGGUCCAAGAGUGGCCAUCUGUCUUGCGUCCGCGCCGGAUCUUAUGGCCAGCCUCGCUGGUACCUCAUGGAAUGGCUCGCCUCUCCGAAACAAUUCGAGCACCUCGUCGAGCUCGAAGGCAUCCUGGAAGCGCUGGCAGCAAUACGCAAGGGUCCCGUCGAACUGCCCAAAUACAAUCUCACGAUCUUCAGCCCGUCUAUCUCUAUCAUCUCGAUGAUCAAUGGCACGGUCAUGGACAUCAAGGAGGAAGCUUUCCGAGUCUGUCGCGCUCAGGACAGACCUACGCCUAUCUUUGAGAUCAACAUCGAAGCUCGCCGCCUCAAGGUGGAUUAG